GAUAUGUUUUUCAUUUGACAUUGAAAGGCCGCAAAAUUUUUACUAUACGGUUUGGCAGUCAUAAACGACGUUGCCAGAACAAAAUCGAGUGUCAUAAGUGGCAAACGCGCCGAUUCAGUGUUCAAAAUCAAUUCCAGGCAGAUCCAAAAGGUUUCAUUGUGACGAAAAAUUGAUAAAAUGGCAGCAUUACCUCCAUUGACGAAAGAGCCAGCAUAUCAAAAAUUGCAAGAAUGGUUCAAUGCAAACGGCAACAAUUUAAAUAUUAAGGCAAUGUUUGACAGCGAUCCAGCUCGCUUUGAAAAAUUCAGCUUGAAGGUUUCAACACCAGCUGAUGGCGAUAUUUUGCUUGAUUAUUCAAAGAAUCGCAUCAAUUCCGAAGUGUUGGGCCUUCUUUUUGAUUUGGUCAAAGCACGAAAAAUUACAGAGGCUCGUGCCGCUGAAUUUUCCGGUCAACAUAUUAACAUCACCGAAGAUCGUGCCGUUUUGCAUACCGCAUUAAGAAAUCGUUCAAGCAAUCCAAUUUUGGUGGGUGGCAAAGAUGUUAUGCCUGACGUUCGUGCUGUACUUCAACACAUGAAAGAAUUUACUGACGAGAUUUUGUCUGGCAAAUGGAAAGGUUAUACGGGCAAAAAAAUCACCGAUGUUGUUAACAUUGGUAUUGGUGGCUCGGAUUUGGGUCCACUUAUGGUGACCGAAGCAUUGAAACCAUAUUCAAAGGGAUUGGUAUUGCACUUUGUGUCGAACAUUGAUGGAACCCAUAUGGCUGAAACAUUGCGCAAAGUCAAUCCAGAGACCACACUCUUUAUCAUCGCAUCAAAGACAUUCACAACUCAGGAAACAAUUACAAAUGCCACAUCGGCCAAAACUUGGCUUUUGGAACAUGCUAAAGAUGCAAGCGCUGUUGCCAAGCACUUUGUUGCAUUGUCGACAAACAAAGAAAAGGUCGAAGCAUUUGGCAUCGAUUCGAAAAAUAUGUUCGGUUUCUGGGAUUGGGUUGGUGGACGUUAUUCAUUGUGGUCGGCUAUCGGCCUAUCGAUCUCAUUAGCCAUUGGUUUUGAUAAUUUUGAAAAACUCUUGGAAGGUGCCUAUUUCAUGGAUCAACACUUUGUGAACGCACCACUUGAACAAAAUGCACCAGUUAUUUUGGCUUUGCUUGGCAUUUGGUACUCGAAUUUCUAUGGUGCUGAAACGCAUGCACUUUUGCCAUACGAUCAAUAUUUGCAUCGUUUUGCCGCCUAUUUCCAACAAGGCGACAUGGAAAGCAAUGGCAAAGGUGUUACCAAGGCUGGCCAACGUGUCGACUACAAUACUGGUCCAAUUGUUUGGGGCGAACCAGGCACGAAUGGACAACAUGCAUUCUAUCAAUUGAUUCAUCAAGGAACCCGUUUGAUUCCAUGCGACUUCAUUGCACCGGCCGUAACACAAAAUCCAAUUGCUGGUGGUGCUCAUCACAAAAUUCUGUUGGCAAAUUUCUUGGCACAAACUGAAGCCCUGAUGGCCGGCAAAAGUGAAGCUCAAGCCAAAGCCGAAUUGGAACAAUCCGGUUUGAGUAUGGAAAAAUUGGCCGCAUUGUUACCACACAAAGUGUUCACUGGAAAUCGUCCAACAAAUUCAAUUGUUGUUAAGAAAUUGACGCCAUUCAUUUUGGGAUCUUUGAUUGCAUUGUAUGAGCACAAAAUCUUCGUUCAAGGUAUUGUUUGGGACAUAAACUCAUUCGAUCAAUGGGGUGUUGAGCUCGGCAAACAAUUGGCCAAAGCCAUCGAACCAGAAUUGGCUACCGCUGACAAGGUCACAUCACACGAUUCCUCAACAAAUGGUUUGAUCAACUUUUUCAAAGCUAAUUGGUAAACAAUUACCAAAUGCCAUAAGGAAAGAACAUAGAAUUAAUGAGACAACGUGAAGCAAUCACACCAUUAUUUUAAAAAAGAAACGUAAUUAACACAAACAAAAAAAAAAUUUAAACUACAGAAAAUUUGUAUUGUUAGUGUUGAAUUGUUGUACCGAUGGAAUAUAAAAAAAAUACUUGACAAGGACAUUUCUUCUCAUCACUCAUUUACUACUCACAGUAUCACUUAUUAUCAAUUAAAUUUGUAUAACAAGAAAAAAAAACACGAAAAACCAACAAACCUUUUUAUGAAGAACAAAACCUUAGAGAGAAAAUUAUAAUCAUUUGAAUAUUGUUCAGUUCAAGAAAGGAAAAAAAUAAUAAUAAUCCAAAGCUUGUAACUAUCAUGUCAAAGGUAGUUGUAGUAUGACAACGCACUGUAUGUUUAUUUUGAUCAAUUUUGAAGGAUUUAUGUAUUUGUCUUUGUGUUGACGAAAAGGAUAAUAAAGUUUAUGUUCUAAAUAUGUAGCCGAAUGAAAGAAAA